CAGCUCAGUCGAAUCAGGAGCAAGGAGAGGGCAUAAAAGCGGAGCGAUCGCUCUCGGCUUUAUUAUGCUCAAUUUGACCACUAAUUGCCAGUCUAACCGUUCGGACCCAUGGUGAAGAGAAAGAAGACAUCGUCCACUACAGAGGAGCACCAAAAUGGCAUGACACCGGGCUCCAGGGAGGGGAUCGGUGUCGAUGGGAGGAGGAAUCCGUCCAGAAAGCCCGACGGUUGCGACGAGGAGGAGAGCGGAGAGCAGGCGAGCGAGGAGCGCAGUACAAAGGGAGAGGACGGAGUGGAAAUUCUUAAUCCAUCAGCCACGGGUCUCAGCUCCGGUUCAGCCCCGGUCCUUCCUGCUUCUGCUCCGAACCGAACCGGGCCAGGCUCGACCCAGCUUCCUCAGACAUCAGCUGAGCCCGGCCCUCCGGGCCCCGACCAGCAUCAUUUUCUCCGAUCAAGCGUUCGACCUCCGAGCAAACGGAUACGGAAGGAUUCAAUCGGCUCCUCCAUCAAUGGACAUGGCGGGGCAAAAUCGAAAGGGGCAGAGAAUGGCUCCUCUUCCCAGGGUGUGGUGGGACAGUCUGGGCCUGUGGUCAGCUCCACGGGGGGAGUAUCCAAGACCUCCAAGGGCCAAGGGUCUACAGAGAAGGAAGAACAAGCUGGUAACCAGAAAAGAGCCCGUAGGCAGUGGGAAUCCUGGAGCGCCGAGGACAAAAACAGCUUUUUUGAGGGUCUUUAUGAGCACGGGAAGGAUUUUGAGGCCAUCCAGAACAACAUUGCAAUGAAGUACAAGAAGAGAGGCAAGCCAGCAAACAUGGUGAAGAACAAGGAGCAGGUCCGCCACUUUUACUACCGAACUUGGCACAAGAUCUCCAAACACAUCGACUUCGCUAAUGUGUACUCCAGGGUGUUAAAGAAAUCUUCUCAAGAACUGUACGGCCUCAUCUGCUACGCCGAGCUUCGCAAAAAAGUUGGAGGAUUGAUGGAUGAUAAGAAUGUGGCAAAGCUGAACGAACUCAUCCAGCAAGGGGCCACCACCGUGCGCUCUAAGGGGAGGAACCUGCGGAUCAAAGCUCCAAUGUGCCGAGCGUUGAAGAAACUUUGUGAUCCAGAUGGAGUGAGUGAUGAAGAGGACCAGAAGCCGGUGCGUCUGCCCUUGAAGGUGGCAGUGGAGCUCCAGCCACGCAGUAACCACUCCUGGGCCCGAGUUCAGAGUCUUGCCCACAACCCUCGCCUCAGGAUGGUGGUGGAGCUCCACAGGAAAGUCUCCAGCCUCAUAGAGUAUCUGAAACAGAAGUGGGCUUAUCAUGACCAGCGGAUUCUUAAGAGUCUCAUGGAGAGAGAGGCUCUAGAAGGCAACCAGACCAGCACAGGCUCUCCCAGCAUAACUCAGAAGGAAGAACUUUUUCUUUUUCCAGCUGAGAGCUGCACAUUAACCACACUGCCUGGGGUGGCACGUGUGGUUCACUCCAAAGCCUCCUGCACUGUCCAUUGGAUUGAGAGUGGCAAGAACCGGCCUAGUGCCAAGGAGUUGCCAGCUGCCCAGAUCCUGGGCAUCCAUGCAGCUCCACAGCCUCGAACUGGCAGCAAAUCUGGGCGGGGAAGCGCUGCUGUUGCUGGUGCUUCACUGACUAUAAUGGGUGAUGCUCGUCGAACUGAAACCCCCAACCCUGAUCCAUCAGCAGACAGUUCUGCAAAGGUAGAGGAGAAGAGACUUCAGUCCCCUUGUGUCCCAGUUUCCUCUCAGCAGACUGUCAGAGAAGAGGGAGAUGGGAUGGGAUCUUCUGAUCCAGGAAAGGCCUGCACUGGAAUUGAGGUCAGUGGUGGUUUAGCCAUGACCAAAAGCACGGACAGGUCAUGUAGUGGUGCCGAUGGCUCCGCUGAGCAGUACAAAGAGGAGCAGAGCACCAGCGUGUCUUCCUCGGAGGCCAACCAGCCUCCUUCAGCCAAACCUCCAGUGACUGGCUCAGACGAAGCCGUGUUGCAAGCUUCCCCACCAACGACCAAAGAACGGGUCGUUGAGCAAAUCAGAGAGGAAGGUUGGAGUGCCCGUGAUGCAGAGAACGUCACCCUGGCCGAGCUGUACCUGAUGUUUGGGAAGCCAGGCAAGCUGCAGCUGGAGUACGAGUGGCAGCCGGUCGCAGCUCCUCCCAGCAACUCGGAAGAUGGACAAGCCUCAGUGCAACCAAAGCCUGACAGGACGAAUCGAGUUUUGCGCUGCUUACUCAAGCUGGUUUCCACUGAAGUCAACCCCAAACCUCUGGCUCCAGAACUCUGCUCAACAGCCACAUCACCCCUCAAGACCCAUCAGGAGGAGCAAAACCAGGUCCUCACACCUCCGGCGAAGGGUCCUGUUGCAGGCACUCGUAGCCCCAGCUGUGGGCGGCCGCAGGCAUCUGUGCGCAUGUCCAAGUUACAGCUGCCAAAUGCUGGAGGUGGGCGCAACCUUCCUCGCUCUCUGCUGGGCUCUACUGCAGGUGGCGAAUCAGAAAGCGGCGUGUUCGCAGUACCCACCACGCUGCCACCCAACAGCUCACGGCACAACCGAAUGUUCUCCCCUAACAAAGAGGCAGAGCUAGCCUUCAGACAGCAGCUCGACUCGAUCAGUAUGCAGUCAGAUCUUUUCCUUUCUAGACAGAGAAAACCUCGGAACAGACAACUUCGCAAACCACUUGUAGUUCAGCGAACACUGCUGCCCAGAACUACAGGAGACACUCCUCAACACGUCUGCUCCUUCUCCAUCCUCUCCAACUCCUCUGCCACAGGAACUGGAUCUUUCCGGCCAAUCCAUCCUCGACUAGCUCCUUCCUCUCGCUCUGCCCAAACUAAAACGACCCCAGCAACAUCCAGCUCUGCGGGGGCCAGCCAGCUCUCUAGUGCCAUUGACCUGGCAGCUAAGUCUGCAGGCAUCAUCCCAAGCAGUCCCUGUCGGGAGGUGGAUUCUUCUACUGUGGAUAACAGCGCUCUGCUUGCCACCACACCCAUUGCUGAUCCUGAGCCAGACUCUCAACUCCACCAGCAAAAUGUUCCAGAGAAUGGCGUACCACCUCCGUCUCCUGGAGUCACCGGCGGGGGAGACUCACUCCUCUCUCCACCGAGCGUUGCCUCGCUCCUUGAUAUCUCACUCCCAGGCCCGCCCGAAGAGGCUCUAACCCCUGGAGAACCUCAAACGCAGAUCAGCGACUCCAUCAUCGAGCUUGCCAUCAACUCCACACAUUAUGGUGAGGAGGCCACUCUCUCUCCAGCCAAGCUGGGCAACAGCGACGGCUCCAAACUGCUGGCCUCGUCUCCCUCGCUCAGCCCGUCCAGAGGCUGGAUCCCUUCACCCAGCCACGACCCUCAGUGGUACCCCAGCGACUCGUCUGACUCCACACUGGGAUGCCUCCUUUCCAGCAUGGUCUCUCCUGAUAAGGGCAGACGGACCACCCUAACCCCCACUGGCCCCUCCAGCGGCACUGCUCUACUCGGUCCUAGCCUCCUGGACUGCAAUUCCCAUGAUUCCUUUCAAUCCCGUGGCCUUCCUGAUGUGGCAGAGAUGGAUUCUCAGCUUGCAUGUAUGAUGAGUGAGAGCAGCAUAGACUACAUCGCUCGCUUCAAUGAUCUGGCUCAGGAGCUCGCCGUGACUGAGCCCUCCAUCCCACCUCCCUGAGGAAGACUCCACCAAGCCAUUGUCAUCUGUACCUCAAAUCUACAGCCAGUUCCAGGCAUUUCCACUUGGGGGGAAGAGAGAGACACAAAUUGCUGGGCCCACACCUGGAAGCAGUGACUACUGCUAGAAAUUCAAAACUGAUUUGCAGCCAGCAGUUGCAAAUUACCCUAACUUUUACCACGUCUGGUUCUCAGACCUGUCGAUAAGCAGGCUGGUCCUAAAAAGAGACCAAGGCAGAACUUUGCUCACCUAGAGCAUCAUGUUGGUGAUGACAAGAGGUACUGUAAGUGAGGAAAGGAGAGGUUUCCUCUCUGUCUUCUCCCUGUUUGGAGAAAGAAGACUGGGGAGAAAGGCCAACCCCAUUCCCCCCCCCCCAAAGCCAUCCAUGGCCUGUUUGUAAAAGUGCAAUAAUAGGUGGUCAACCGUGACCAUUGUUCAAAAGCGAGUUGCGUUGGUUUCACUGAACUGUUCUGUAAGGAACAAUUCCCUUUAAAUACAAACACUUUAGAUAAAACAAAUGAGUUUACAAAAAUACAACCUCAUGUACAGGAAAAUACUAUGCCAUAUCCGAACAAAAUAUCUGCAGCGAUCUUUCAUGUCUCUUCCUGCUCUCGGUGUGUGAGUGCAUCAAUGUAUCUGUGUGUGUGCGUGUGUAUUAAAGGCUUCAAGGCUGACCUCUCAAAAUGUGCAGUUCAGAUCAUCAGCUGGUGGCAAACAGCCACUGGACUGUGAUUUUUAUUAAAAGUAAUGUCGGUGAGAAAGAGAUGCUUGGCAUAGUUCAGUAGCAAAAGUGGAACAAAACAAAGUGGCGCGUAGAAGUUCAUUCUUUCCUGUUGGCCUCCUUUUCUUUUUGUUCCUCAUCUCUUAUGAGUUCAGGUGUUACAGAUUGUGUUGUAGUCAUGCGUGUUUGGAAUCGGGUUCAUCAUUUCUCAAACCCACAUUUAAAAAAAAAAAAAAAAAAAAAAAAAAAAUUUUAAAUGGCAGCUUGUUGGUUGACUCCACUUGGGUAGCUCUACAGAUGCUGAAAAUGUUAUUGGAUUUAUUUUGUUGUUGCAUUCAUUACUCGUUAGUUUUACUGUGUGCAGAGAUGCAAGUUCAAAUAGUGGAUUUCGUUGCAUAAACAGGAAUACCUUUUAGAUAUUUAAGCCCUCUUCAAACGUGUGGCAUCAGAAUGUUUUAAAGAGUCUGUGCUGACAGUGCUUAUAGCCACAAACGGCAUAAUGUGCAAAGACUGGAGCUCUUCAUUCUUGUUGCGUCCGAAUGAAGCCUUGAGGAAUGUUCGCGUUAAAAAGUUUCCUUUGACUCGGCGCUUUCGACGCUCCUCACGCGCAAGCUGCGAUAUGGAGAGUUUCCCUCCUGGAUUGUAGAUGUGAGCGUGAAUUGCAGAGAAAGCUUUUAAUGAAGGGAGACGAGCAUCUCAAAAAGAUGCACGUGAGACGUGAGCGACAGCACUCUGAUGCAUGCCUGUCUGUUAACAUACAUUCAGGCUUGCGCUGUUUUUAAAGGUGACCUAUCCAGAUCUGAAGCUGCGAGAUCAACAGCAAGGAAGGCGUGUCUUUGUUUACUUUUGGUGUCGUUUUCAAUAACGCCGACACAACAGGUGGGCGUUCUCUCGCCGUUGCCAUCCAUUACAAGGAAAUCUAACAACAAUGUUGCUCAUUUACUUUCCUUAGCUCUGUUGCUUUCUUGCAGUCCUAAUUAGUUCAAACAGAUGAGCUGUCUGCAGCCACACAUUCAUUUUGUUUGACAAACUAGAAUUACGAAUGUCCUGGGUACUAUUAAAAGUUCCCAGUAGAAAUACACUCCAUAAGAGCAAGCGGUUAUAAGUAUUUAAUUUAAUGAAACACUAAAGCCAUAGUUGACUCCAUUUAUUUUAAUUUUUGUUUUUUAUUAUAUGCCCAAAAAUUAGUUUCCCUUUGACUAGUGGAUGCUAACAAAACACUAUGACUAAAGUCAGCCUGAGUGACUCUUACAUGUUACAGCAGAUAUUCAGACAUCAUUUCUUCAUGCAGUGUGCAGUCCAGACUCAUUGCCUUCACAUUUAAUUUGACCAACCAGCAUCAUCUCUAUGCAGCUGUGUGAACCCGUUUGGUGUAAACUGUUAGGAGACCUCUUUGUCAUUCCACAAACGAGAUUGUAAAACGAUCUAACAAAUGUAAGCGCUCCUGUGGUGUUAAUUUGUGACCGACAUUUGGAAACGCUUGAUCUUGUCACACUAGAUGAUUCUUAAUAAGGAAUCCUAUUGAAGGAUGUAUUUGUACAAAUGGAAAUUCCAGUAUUCACUGCGCUUUUGUAACAUAAUGUAAAUCAUUAUUUGGACUAUUUAUUGUUAAUAUUUCUGAGACAAGUGAUUUUUUUUUUUUUUUUUUUGUUUAAUUUAAGGUGACAUCCAAGAAAGGAGAAAAAAAAAAGUUUUCAGUUUGUAAAAGGUGUUUUAUUCUGUGUAUAAAGAGUUAUAAAAACCUG